AUGGGCCAGUACCUCGUCAACCUGCACACCGCCAUCCGCCGGCAUGUCGACAGCGGCGCCGACGCUCUAGCCCAUAACGUCUCAACGAAUCCAAAACGAUGCAUCACCAUCGCCUUGCUCUGCAGUUUGGUUCCGUGCCUGGGGCUCUUUCAGGUCCAUUGGGAAAGCGAUCCGGUCAAAUUGCUUUCGGCGGCGGGCAGCGCGGUACAGAUGGAGCAGCAGAAGGUUGAGGCGUCUUUUGGAAAAGGUGGCGGCGUCAGCCUGAUCCUCCGACCAACCGUCCCCGGCACGUCCGUGAUCCAACACAAGUUUCUUCUUGCGCUCUUUGAUUUGCAGGAAACGAUCAUGGGGAUCAAGGUGAACGCGGGUGGGGGGACGGGAAUGAAGGGGUUGGAUGAUAUCUGUGUCAAAGUGUUGACGAGCGGAGGGGAGGUGGGAUGCUUUAUUCAGAGCCCCGUGCAAGACGUCUGGGCCACCCGCCAUGACCUGCUUACCGACCAGCACAUCCACCGCACCCUUUCAUUCCAACACACCUCCUACUGCAAAUCCUCCUCCGCCGCCUCCGGGAGCACCAUCGGCGACCUCGAAUGGACAACCCACAGCCCACGCCUCGUUUCACGCGGCACCUCUCUCAAACUCAGCAUCCCGUUCUUCACCGCCGUCGACGAUGCCAACGCAGACCGCUUGACCCGGGCAUUUGAACGGGAGUUUGUGCGAAUCGUCACAGAGGCGAAUGAGCGUGGCUCCGACGAGACGUACGGUCGGCCUGGUUUUCAGUUGACGUACAUCACGACCAACAGCAUAACCGACGAGCUCUCGCAAACGGUCGCCGAGACCGCCUUCCUCUUCCUCGGCGGGUUCAUCAUCAUGUUCGCCUACACCUCGCUAGCCCUCGGUGAUUUUCACUUUGACCGUGUGCGAUCGCGAGCCGGGCUGGCGUUGUUUGCCUUGGCGAAUUCAUGUGUGGCUAUGGCGGGCGGCGUGGGCAUGGCAUCGGUUUUUGGAGUGCCGGUGCAUCCGUUGACGUUGCAGAUUAUGCCGUUUUUUGUGUUUGGGGUUGGGCUGGAUAACGUGUUUUUGUUGAAAAGGGGGUUUGCGGACAGGAGUCGGGAGCUACCGGCAGCGGAUAGGAUGGCAGCAACAAUGCACAGCGUCGGGUACGCACUCUUCACCGCAACGAUCGAAAUGACACUGGGGCUCUUCCUCUGCUGCAUCCUGCCCAUGCGGCUCAUCACAUCCAUGUGCAUCAUGUGCGCGCUGGCAAUAGCGCUCAACAUGUUCCUCAUGCUCACCUCCGUCAGCUCGGCCCUCGUCCUCGACGAACAGAGGAUACGGGAAGGGCGGAAUGAUUUGUUUUGCUCUUUCUUACCUAACAACACCGCACGACAUGGGCAUGCACAUGCUGGGACAGAGGCCAGUUUGACGUGGCUGGAUCGGAAGUUAGGCAAUUUCUACGAUGCGUUAAUUGGGACGUCGUUGGGGAAGCGGCUUACGAUAGGUACAUUCGCCGCCUUUGCGCUCCUUGCACCUCUCGGUAUGGCGUAUAUCCAGCGAGACAUGUUUGUGCUCGAUUUCGUCAACUCCAAGGGUGCUGUGGCAGGAUAUCUGGCGCAGAACAUGCAGGAAUACCCCUCAUCAGAAACCUUCACAAUAGUCUUCACAACCCCCAACCAACUGUCUGCCCCAACUCAACACUCGCUUCUCUCCCUCCACCAAGCCCUCCAAACCCUCCCUUACGUCGACCCUGGCUCCCACCUCUGGCUCGCAGAUUUCAAACUCUGGCUAACAGCAGCAAGCCCUCACAAAUCGGAAAUACCCCCGGCGGCAGAUAUCAUACCUCCAGAGAAAGCCGGGGAGUGGUUGGCGCUGUUUUUGAAUGAUACGACGUACGGCGGGAUAUGCCACCGCGCGAACAUCAAGGUCGAUGACGAGGGACAGGUGGUCGCAUCGAGGAUGUUUGUGGAUUAUAAAUAUAGGAAAACAGUUUAUGAGUAUACGCCUGCAGUUGUGGGGGUUAGGGGGGUUUUGAAUUCGGCGGGGGUUGAGGCUGCGACGUUUGGAAGGGUGGAUAUCGUUGCGAGGGUGUUUGAGGCACUAACAGCCGAAGCAGCAUCCGGCCUCCUCCUCUUCAUCGGCGGAGCGGUCCUCGUCAACCUGUCCCUCUUCGCCAACGCCCGCAGCACCUUCCUCUCCGUACCCAUCAUGCUCGCGACCGUCAUCACUGUGUUUGCAUCGCUUCCGGUGCUUAAUAUCCAGUUAAACCCGCUGAUUAUAGCAAACGCCCUAAUCUCGAUGUCGAUCGCGAACGAUUUCCUGGGGUAUAUCCAAAAAGCCUACAUCGAGUCCUUAUCGACAUCGGAGGCCUACACCCUCCUCUUCCACGAAACGGUAUCGCACAGCACCAACAAAGUGAAGACAUCCAAAUGGUGUACAGCGACCUUGGUAUCGCUCACCUACGCCCUCGUGGGAGCGCUACUCUCCGUGCUACUGUUGGCCCUCUCGCCGAUGCCGAUGGUCAGCAAAGUGUUUUUCCGGAUGUUUUUGGGGAGUAUUGGCAGUGUUUGGGUGUUUUGCUUGGGGGUUUACCCGAAUCUUUUGGUUUGGUAUGGGCAAGGGAGUGGGAGGAAGGGGUGGGGAGGGAACAGGGAGGGGGCGGGUAUGCAGAGCUUGAGACAGAGUAGUUUAGAGAUGGAAGAAUAG